CAGCAGCACUCUGAAAGUUUGGGACACGCGGGGCGUCUCUGCUGCUGGGCUGUCCGCCGCCACGGUCAACUUCUCCCCUCUUUUUAAUUUUUACAAAACCUCCCAGUCAGUCAGUAUUCGUCAAAAUGACCGUGACUCAAGACCAUCCACUGACCUACGCCAAAAUGAGAGGACUUGUGUCUUUUUUCUCAGCUCUGCUCAAGGGAAAGAGAGUUGGUUUCAGUGACUUCUUAAACAAACAUGUUUCCAGUCAGCAAUUCUGCCAACACCUCGACACCCAGAAAAUCCUGCGGCGGCAGAGCAGGGUGAGAAGAGGGAAGCAGGAGAGGGGCACAGUGAGCUCAGCGACUGGAGAAACCUCACAGAUGAAACCAUCAGACUUUGACUACCUCAAACUUAUUGGCAAAGGAAGUUUUGGAAAGGUGUUGCUCGCAAGACACCGAAAAGAUGGAGGCUAUUACGCUGUGAAAGUUUUGCAGAAACAGAUGAUUAUCAAGAGGAAAGAGCAGAGGCAUGUGAUGGUCGAGAGGAGUGUGCUGCUGAAGGGACUACAACAUCCAUUCCUGGUUGGGCUCCACUUCUCUUUCCAGACACUAAACACACUCUACUUUGUCCUGGACUAUGUUAAUGGAGGGGAGCUCUUCUACCACCUUCAGAGGGAGGGGUCAUUUCCUGAACCCAGGGCAGCUUUUUACGCUGCAGAAAUGGCCACGGCGUUGGGCUACCUCCACUCUCUUGACAUCGUUUACAGGGACCUCAAACCAGAGAACAUCCUGCUGGACCGUGAGGGUCAUGCGAUGCUGACAGACUUUGGGCUUUGUAAAGAAGGAGUGGCCUUAGGUGGGAUUACGCAUACAUUCUGUGGGACUCCUGAGUACCUUGCUCCAGAGGUGCUACAAGGCCAGCCGUACAGUCCAGCAGUGGACUGGUGGAGCCUCGGCACUGUGCUGUUUGAGAUGCUCUAUGGACUGCCUCCAUUUUACAGCUGCAACAAGGCAGAGAUGUUUGAGAACAUACUUCACGCUCCACUACAGAUGCGUCAUGGAGGCUCUCCCGCUGCCCGCUCACUGUUGAGGGGAUUGCUGGAAAGAGACGUUACCAAACGCUUUGGUGGGAGUCAUGACCUUGUGGAGCUGCAGGAACAUGCAUUCUUUACAUCAAUCAACUGGGACGACCUCCUGGCCAGGAAAGUCACACCCCCAUUCAUCCCAAAAGUGACUGGUCCCUGUGAUGUCAGCUACAUCGACCCUGAGUUCACGCUACAACCUGUCCCUGCUUCUGUGAAUGAGCGGUGCCAGCCAUGCGGGACCAACGAGGCUUUCCCAGGAUUCUCCUACAUGAACCCAGUGGAAUACGUUGAAGCACAGCCGGUUUCAUGACAACGCCAAAUCCUCUGAGAGCAUGUUUGUUAAAAUAUUUAUUUUUUAUGUCAUAAAUUAUUAAAUCAAAGUCUAUUUUUAAA